GCCGAACAACAUUUUCAGAAAGCGCGUCAACUAGAAUCAUAUCGUCUCGAAGAUAUGGAAUUAUAUUCUACUACACUAUGGCAUUUGCGUAAAGAUACUGCUCUUAGUGCACUAGCUCACGAGUUAAUAGAGUUUGAGCGUAGAUCCCCUCAAACAUGGUGUGCUGUUGGUAACUGCUUCAGUCGACAACAAGAACAUGACGUAGCAUUGAAAUGUUUUCGCCGGGCGAUACAACUUGACAAUUCGUUCACCUACGCACAUACUCUAUCUGGCCACGAAAGUAUGGCUAACGCAAAUUAUGAAGAAGCUCAAAAACAUUUCAGAAAUGCGUUAAAUACAAAUAAUCGACAUUACAAUGCUCUAUACGGUCUUGCAAAUUAUUAUAUUACAUGUGGUAAAACAUAUGAAGCAGAAAAAAAUUAUAGGAUGGCAAUGAAAAUCAAUCCAAAUCAUGCAGUCCUUAUGUGCUGCUUGGGCAAGGUAUUAGAAAAAAUGGGUAAAGUUGAAGAAGCACGUAGUCUUUAUGAUCGUGCAUGCCAGGUUACCCCACAGACACCGUUGGCCAUAUUUAAAAAAGCGAAAUCUUUAUAUAGAGAUCAACAAUAUGAGGAUGCUCUUAUAGAGCUAGAAAAACUCAAAAAGGCAGUUCCAAAUGAACCUAAAGUUUAUUUCCUAAUGGCAAAAAUUCAUAAAGCAAUGGGUGAAAGAACUAAAGCUACGCAAAACUUUACCUUAGCACUAACUUUGGAUCCAAAAAUGAAUCACAUU